AGAGAACCAGAAACCAAGAGACAUACAUAGAGAAACGAAGACUUGUGUGUUUGUGAUUGACAACCAAGUGGGAAAUAAACGUAAACAUCAACGCCUGCCAAGUUGGAUUUACUUAUUUCUACCAGGAAUUCCUCUUGAGGAUCCUUCAUUUUUGAGGAUUACUUUUUUUUCUGCCAGAAGCCUGCCGCAUGGGAAAGUAGAAGGGAAGAAGUUUAUACUUGGUCACCAUUCCAUCUUCUGACUGGCUCACGGUGGAAAUGCGCGUUUGACUCGGGCUAAACGGACUGACCUGUGGAGCGCUCCCCGCUUGUUCAAGAGCUGUCAACACAAUGGGACGCCCGUAUCUGCUCCUAGUUGUCACGCUCUCCCUUUUCACCUGCCAGGUUUUGUGCUCAGGGGUUUUUGAGCUGAAACUGCAGGAGUUUCUCAACAAGAAGGGGAUACCGGGAAACGCCAACUGCUGUCCUGGUGGCGCUCAAACUCAAAGCCAUCACCAGUGUGAAUGCAAAACUUUCUUUAGGAUUUGUCUAAAGCAUUACCAGGCCAACGUAUCUCCCGAGCCCCCCUGCACAUACGGCGGGGCUGUCACUCCAGUGCUGGGCUCCAACUCCUUCCAGGUUCCGGAGACCAACGCGGACACAUUCACCAACCCAAUUCGCUUCAAUUUCGGUUUCACAUGGCCGGGGACGUUUUCACUGAUCAUCGAGGCUUUGCACACGGACUCUCUGGACGACCUAACAACAGAGAAUCCAGAGCGUCUGAUCAGUAGGAUUACCACACAGCGUCACCUGACCGUGGGAGAGGAAUGGUCCAAAGAUAUGCAGACAUCAGGCAGGACAGAGCUGCGCUACUCCUACCGCUUCCUGUGUGAUGAGCAUUACUACGGAGAAGGUUGUUCAGUCUUCUGCCGACCCAGAGAUGAUGCCUUUGGACACUUCACCUGUGGAGAACGGGGAGAAAUUAUUUGCAACUCUGGUUGGAAAGGCCAGUACUGCACUGAAUCAAUCUGUCUGCCUGGGUGUGAUGAAGAACAUGGUUACUGCGAUAAACCAGGAGAGUGCAAGUGCCGUGUGGGCUUCAGUGGUCGAUACUGUGAUGACUGUAUCAGAUAUCCUGGCUGUUUGCAUGGGACCUGCCAGCAGCCAUGGCAGUGUAACUGCCAGGAAGGAUGGGGUGGACUCUUUUGUAACCAAGAUCUGAAUUACUGCACUCACCACAAACCGUGCCUGAAUGGAGCGACCUGCACCAACACAGGGCAGGGCAGCUACACCUGCUCCUGUCUGCCUGGCUUCACCGGCGCCAGCUGUGAGACUGAGGUCAAUGAAUGCUCUGGAAACCCUUGUCGCAAUGGAGGCAGCUGCACUGACAAUGAAAAUGGCUACAAGUGCACAUGCCCACCUGGUUUCUACGGCAACAACUGCGAGCUGAGUGCGAACACUUGUGCAGAUGGCCCUUGUUUUAAUGGCGGGCGCUGCACCGACAACCCGGAGGGAGGCUACUUCUGCCAGUGUCCAAUGGGAUAUGCAGGAUUCAACUGUGAGAAGAAGAUUGACCACUGCUCCUCCAACCCCUGCUUAAAUGGUGCAGAAUGUGUAGACCUCGUGAACUCCUAUCUCUGUCAGUGUCCGGAGGGAUUCUUUGGAUCAAACUGUGAAAAUACCAACACCGCCAGUGAACUCUGCCAAUCCUUCCCAUGUCAAAAUGGUGGCACAUGUCAGGAAGGAGAGACCGGCUACACUUGCACUUGCCCACCAGGUUACACUGGUCAAAACUGCAGCUCCCCCAUCUCUCGCUGCCAUCACAAACCCUGCCACAAUGGUGCUACCUGCCACGAGCGCGGAGGUCGCUAUGUGUGCGCCUGUUUGCCUGGAUAUGGGGGCCACAACUGCCAGUUCCUGCUGCCUGAAGUUCCCAAAGGCCAGCCCGUGGUGGAAGGUCCGGACCGCAUAUACUCAGAGAGCUUCAAUGAGGAAAAUGAGGAAGACGAUGCCGGGUUUCCUUGGACGGCUGUUUGUGCUGGAAUUUUCCUUGUGCUUGUCAUGUUGAUUGGCUGCUCUGUACUCGUGGUGUUUGUACGGAUAAAACUGCAGGAUCGCCACAGUCACCAUGGUGAUAGUGUGCACAGUGACAGCCACGAAACUAUGAACAAUCUUACUACAACUAACAACUGUCUCCGUGGUGACAAGGAACUAGGUGGCAUGAUGACCACCUCAGUUAAAAACACAAAUAAAAAAGCGGAUUAUCACUCAGAGCUCGGAGGGUCUCUGGGUGGGCUGAGUGGCAUCAGCAGCAUGAAUGGACUUGGUGGAUCUGAAAAGAACGGUUUCAAAGCUAGGUACUCAGGUGUGGAGUACAACCUGGUCCAUGAGUUGCGCGCGGAUGAGCUGUCCCUGUGCAAAGAGGAGGAAAGAUAUGAACCAGAAGUCAAAUGUGAAAUGCUGGAUGAGUCCGAUUCAGAGGAGACAUACAAAAAAGGAUACAGUAAUGCAUCUGAGGAGAAGAAGAUGGACGACGAAUUGCCCAGCUGCAGUGAUUCAAAAUACACUUCCUCGUGUGAUCUUAACGGUCAUGCGUCACUCAGCGAUUCAAGAAACCAAUCAACAAGCGAUAUGAAGAGCUGCAGUGAUGCUGACUACCAGUGUGACAGCAGAUACCAGUCUGUCUAUGUUCUUUCAGACCAGAAAGAUGAAUGUAUAAUUGCAACAGAGGUAUGAUGCCCGUUGACAUGCGACAGUCUUCUCUGGAUGGAGGUCCAGACCAGCCAUGAGCAGUAGAGCUCAGUUUGUCUCCAGGAGGUUUUACUCCUGCUGUUUGCUGCUGUUCCCUGGGAUUUACCGGAGGACUUUGAGCCAAGGUGCUACUAAGCCUGUGCACAGUCAAUGUUGACGGGGCUACAGGACUUUGUACUACACUAGUAUUGCAGAUCGUAUCAUUUGAAUGGAUGUACAUCUUGGACAUUAUGGACAAAUCCUGCUGAACUCAUGGACUGAGUCUACAGGAUAUGGAUCAGAUGCCAGCUAAUGAAGUUUGAGUACCACAGUGUACUGAAUGAAGUGUAGUACCUUUGGAGUACUGAGAGCUUUUGAAUAAGUGUUGUCCUGUUAAGUGAGAGUUGGUACAAAAUGUGUGAAAACUGUCAUAGAUAUUGUAAUCUGUGCAGUGUGGCAGAGUUGAAGCUGAAACAUAAAUAAUUAUAAUCACUUUUUGACUUUUUUUUAAUUCAGCUGUCUCUGUAGCACUGUCAGACACUGUGUGAGCUGAGCUGGUUCUCAGCAGAAAUAUGGAUUUAAGACUCCAGUAGUGACUGCAGACUGAUCCAACAUGGAUCCUGUUAGGCCAUACUGGCCUCAGACCCCUGAAGGUUGUGAUACACAGGGCAAUGUUUUGGGCAGGUAAUAAAAGAAAUCUCACCUGAACAAAAUAUGUAAGAAAUGGUUCUAUUGUCACUUUUAACGCCAAGCUACAUCAGUCUUACCUGCCAAAACCUCAUUGCACUAUAGAGUGUGAGUGGUGCAAGUGUGUGGGUGAAUGCGUGUCUGUAUUGCCUGACCCAUCCAAGUUGUGUCUUCCACUGUAAGAUACAUCACCAGCCUACUAUUGGAUAGAUUAUUUGUUACCCUUUUAUUUUAUUUUUAUCUAAUGAAAGAUGUAUUCUUUAAUUUAAUUAUUGUAAUUAUUUUGGUUCAUAUGUGUUGAUGCUUUUGUUUUAAUUUAAGUUGAUUUGUUUUUAAUCGGCAGAUAUUGUAUGUAUGUAAGUAUGGAUGCAUGUAUGUGUUAGGCACUUGAGACCACUGUGACUGUGUUGUAUUUAAAAGAUAAAUGUCUUAUGUACAGAGCCUGUCAUUUUUAUUACUGGAAAACAG